AUGAAUCCGGAUCAGGAGCCGCUCAAGUCGGCUUUGGCGGGGUCCUCGAGCGAGGUCAGGAAGGAGGUGCUGAGCACGGAUACGGGGGCGACUACUUCUCCGUCCGCAUCCGCGCCUGCUACAGGUGUUACGGUAUCGAAGACCAAGUCGAACGGGAACGCGGCUAUGGAUGCCAAGCUGCAGGUUGGUACGUUGAGGUCCAGGAGCGGCGAUUCGGUGGCGGUUCAGUCAGUCAACGAGCCCUGAUCGGGAGGGACAAUGGGUUGCGCAGCUUGGGGCGUGGAGAGCAGGAGCAGGGUCGCCGAGCCUCACCUGCGCUACAGUAUGAAGCUGCCCUUGCUCUUCCGGACGGUGGCAGUUCGUCACCCCGCCGACGUAGACCUCGCCUCCCCGCGAGAUGGCGCCACGUCGCCGUCGGUCCACAGACCUACCGAGCAAAGCUUUCUCUUGCUGACCCUCCGCCGUCCUUGAUUCCGUGUUCACAGUCGACGAGAACCAGAACUUUACGUACGUACACUCAUUCUCUUAUGGCCAAGGCCGUUCUCAGCGCGAAGAACCCUCCCCCGGCCCGGAGCAACGCAAACUGAGCUCUUCCUCGAUGAUCGUAACGACAGCGACCACCUCAACUCCCACAUGGCGGACUGGGAAUUGGCCGACAAAGGUUUCGCCUACGAUGUCGUCGCCGUCUUUGGUAGUCAAUCGACGGGCAAGAGUUAGUCCGAGACGGGGUGAUUCAGGUUCCGGAACGGACCUCAUCCCUGACGAUGAUCCCGAUCUUGUUCUCAGGUACUUUGCUCAAUCGCUUGUUCGGCACCAAGUUCGACGUCAUGAACGAGUCGGAACGACGACAGACGACCAAAGGUAGGCUCGUGCGGGCUCAUUUGAUUACUAGGCAGCUUAGCUUCGCCGCGGGGUUCUGAAAGUGUUUCGAGCUGGCCGACAGGGAUUUGGAUGUCCAAGGGCCAAGACAUGCCCGUGCUGGUGAUGGACGUCGAAGGCACAGAUGGACGAGAACGUGGAGAGGAUCAGGUCAGUGACAGACAUCGGGGCCAAGUCAAUCUGAACCAUGUUCUGACCCAAUCUCCGAACAUCGCCCGAAUCCCCUUAGGACUUUGAACGCAAAUCGGCACUUUUCUCCAUGGCCGUGACCGAGGUCUUGAUCGUCAACAUUUGGGAGCACCAGGUUGGGUUGUACCAAGGCGCCAACAUGGGUUUGCUCAAGACCGUCUUUGAGGUCAACCUCGGCUUGUUCCUCGCCGCCAAGGAGAAGGGCAAGACCGCCGGAGCGUGAGUGGUUCAAACGAAGAUUCUCGCACCACGAACUCGUGAUCCAAUUGAGCGGGUUUUUUUUUGAAUCACAGCUCUCAAGACAAGACCCUCCUUCUCUUCGUCAUCCGCGACCACAUCGGAGCGACCCCACUCGAGAAUCUGCGCAACACGCUCACCGCCGACUUGAACCGGCUCUGGGACGGGCUCUCCAAACCCGAAGGCCUGGAAUCGUCGCAAAUCACACACUUUUUCGACCUCGCUUUCGUGACCUUGCCUCACAAACUCUUACAACCUGAAGUGUUCGAAGCGGAAGUCAAAAACCUGCGCAAACGGUUCGUCGACCCUUCGCAUCCGGACUACGUCUUCCACCCCAAAUACCACAAACGCAUCCCCGCGGACGGUGUGUCGCAGUACAUGUCGACGAUCUGGGACGCGGUCGUAACGAACAAGGACCUCGAUCUGCCGACGCAACAAGAGUUGCUCGCUCAAUUCCGAUGCGACGAAAUCGCGAACGGCGCAUUCGUCGUCUUUGUCGAUGCUUCAAAGGUCUUCGUCUCGAGUGCGCCGGGGACACUGGUCCCUGGCUUGGGUAAAGGGAUGCAGACGGUUCGUUCGGUCGCGUUGGAGAGUUUCGAUACCGCUGCUUCGAGGUACCAUGCGGGGGUGUACGGCCGCAAGCGCGCCGAAUUAUUGGACAAACUCAACACCGCUUUAUUACCCUUCGUUCAAGCGCACCUCAAGAAUUUGCACAAGAUCGUCCUGAAGGAUUUCAGGAAGAAGGUCCAAGAACGACUUAAAGUCGAAGGCUACGAUUUCGCAAAGGUCGUUGAAGGGACGACAAAGGAGGCGGAGAAUGACUUUGAGAAGGGUUCGAAGGAGGUCUUGUUGGAGGAGACGGAGUGGUCCGCGACGGAGACGGAGAUGCAGUUGAAGGAGGAUAUGGUCGCGAUCGCGGAUCUGUUGAGGGCCGAAGAAACCAAGAAGAUGAUUGCCAACAUCGAGGUCAGUGCGAGCGACUACUGCGGGUCCUAGUUGCUUCUCGGGGACUGAGCUGGUGUGAUAUACACUCUCGAUCGAACUGUUAGCGCAAGUUCAAGAGCCAGAUCUCGGAGACGGUCGAGAUGAGCUUGAACAAGCCUUCGCCGGACAUGUGGGACAAGGUCUUGUCCGCAUUCAGGAAGGCGCUCGAUAAGGCCGAGGGGACGUAUACCCGCAAAGCCACGAGUGAGUCAUGCUUCAUGGAUUUUUUUGUGACUAUAGAGAGCCGGAACUGACGCGUCCAACCCCUUCUCUUCUACCUAGGCUUCAACUGCACCCCCGAAGAGAACGAGACAGCGCUGACGCUCCUCCGCCAACGUGCGUGGCUCGCCCUUCGAGCCAAGAUCGACGAACAGACCGCCGAAUCGGUCCUUCUCGUCAAGCUCAAGCUCGUCUUUGAAGAGCGUUUCCGCUACGACGACGAAGGCACACCGCGCGUUUGGAAACCCGAGGAUGACAUCGAUAGCAUCUUCAAGCGAGCCAAAGACGAGGUCCUGGGGUUGAUCCCUUUGUACACCAAGAUCUCUCCUUUGGACGAGAAGAACGCGUUCGUACUUCCUUCGGACUCGACGCCUCUCAAUAACGCAGGGGACGAAGAGUUUGAUUUCGAAAGUUCGUUGACGAUCCUUCGUGACGCCCAAGCCGAGGCUUUGUCAUCUCGCUUCAGAAGGGAAGCAGACGCGUAUUACCUCGAAGCCAAACGCUCGAUGGUGUCGUCGAUCUCACAGAUCCCCGUAUGGAUGUACGCCGUCCUCGCUGUCUUGGGAUGGAACGAAUUCAUCGCCGUGCUUCGAAGUCCCGUCUACUUUACCAUGCUUCUGCUCGCAGCCAGUGCGGCGUACGUGACCAUCCAUCUCGGGAUGACCGGGCCUGUUUUCGCUUUGGCCAAAGGUGUGUCGAACGAAGUCGCCAAGACGGUCAAUGAUCAGUUGCACAACUACUUUGUCAACCAAACGCCCGAGGCGCAUGCGCAUCGUCAGCAUCAACGUCAACAACGCGUCGCUGUUCCGGCGAGCAAAGUUGCGGCUCAGGAGGAUGCGGAGGUGUUUGAAUUGAAGUCGAUGGAGUCGACGUCGAGUGGGACGGUGGCGGGUGGGCAUGAGAAGAGCAAGAGCGAGUGA